AUGAGUGAAGCAAAGAUUUCCAGGAAAUGUAUAUUCUUACACUUGAAGUGUUGGACAUGUGAAAGCAAUUUUUCUGACUCACUGGACAUGCUUGAGGAUAAAAGUUUAAAAAUAGAAGAUGAUUCUGACUUGCCAUCAUGGUCAGGUGAUGAACGUGGUGUCAGGGUUCUUGUGAAUGUUGAUAGCUUUGGUGCUGUUGGAGAUGGAGUUUCUGAUGACACAAAGGCCUUUGGAGAUGCAUGGAAGGAAGCAUGUUCUACAGCAACAGCAGUGCUUUUGGUUCCUCCUGAUCGAACUUAUCUUGUUAAUGCAACAAGAUUUAAAGGACCUUGUGCUGAAAAUCUAAUCAUUCAGAUUGAUGGAACAAUUGUAGCACCAGAUGAGCCCAAAAACUGGGAUCCUAAAAACCCUAGAAUUUGGCUCUACUUUGCUAAUCUCAAAGGCGUCCUUUUCCAAGGAGAUGGAGUUAUAGAUGGGUCAGGAAAGAAAUGGUGGGCUGCAUCUUGCAAAAAGAACAAGACAAAUCCUUGUGUAGGAGCUCCCACGGCAUUAACAAUUGAUCAAAGCUCAAAUAUAGAGGUGAAGGGCAUUACUGUCCAAAACAGCCAACAAAUGAAUUUUGCUAUUUCCAAAUGUGAAUCUGUUCGCAUCUUGGAUGUUUUGGUCUCUUCCCCUGAAGACAGUCCAAACACUGAUGGAAUCCAUCUUACUGCAUCAACAAAUAUAGUUCUUCAAAACUGUAAAAUUGGAACAGGUGAUGAUUGCAUCUCAAUUGUCAGUGGUUGUUCUAAUAUCAAGAUGGAGUCGAUAUAUUGUGGGCCCGGUCAUGGAAUCAGUAUAGGAAGCCUUGGAAAAGAUAACUCAACAGGCUUUGUGACAGCAGUAGUUUUAGAUACAGCAUUUCUUAAAGGCACUACAAAUGGCCUAAGAAUCAAGACAUGGCAGGGAGGAUCUGGUUAUGUUAGAGCCAUCCGUUACCAAAAUGUCCAAAUGGUAGAUGUAGAAAACCCGAUAAUAAUUGAUCAGUUUUACUGUGAUUCACCUAAAAGUUGUAAAAAUCAGACAUCGGCUGUGGAGAUAAGUCAGGUUAUGUUUGAGGACAUAAGUGGGACAUCAAAGAGUCAAAAUGCAAUGAAGUUUGCAUGCAGUGACACGGUUCCCUGCAACCACAUUGUUCUGAAUAACAUCUAUUUGAAGAGAAGUGAUGGGAAAGCAGCUCAAACUUUCUGCAACUCGGUUAAGGGGUUUAAGUAUGGGUAUGUGCAACCAUCUGCAGACUGUUUGACACAGUCUAACAAUGACUCUGACUCAUUCAUUAACCUGUUUCAACAAGAUGAACUCCUCAAGAGUCACAGGUUGAUUCAUAGUGAACUUUAAUUAUGUGUUAACAAUCUAUAUAUUGUAAUGAGUAUGUAUGUGUUGAGUUGUGAUGACUGAUGAGUGUGUGUGUAUAUAGAUGUUAUUCUAGAGGUCAUUUUGUAUAUGAACAUUACCCGAGGCAUUUUAGUGUCAUGUGAUGUGAUUGUGACUUUGUGAGUGGUUUUGGGUGUUUAUUUUGAGUUGUAAUGAGUGUAUAUAG